AACAACAAUAUAAUAAUUCAGGAGCGAUUAAAAUCAUUCGCCAUUGGAUAUAAGUUUGACUCAAACAUCGUUUUAGAUACUAUUCUAUUCUUCUUUCAACUGUAUUCACAAUGAACAUCCACAUUUUUGUAGCGGUGAUUUUGUUUAAUUCGUAUUUAUCUAAUUGUUCACCAGCUCCAGAUUCAAUAUGUAAUAAAAAAGCUUCCUACAUUUUUACAGAACCAACAGGAAAUAUCUACAGUCCUGGUUAUCUCUCCAACUCAUCAUACCCAGAAGAUCUUGAUUGUCAAUGGACUAUUCUCGUCCCUACGAGUGAAUAUUUAAGAAUCAAGAUUGAGGAUCUGGACUUGGAUGAGACGAGCAACUGUGACGGUGAUAGCUUGACUUUUAAUGUGCUAUCAAACAUUAGCAAGAGCUUUCUAUACAGACGAAUAUGUGGCACAGAGAAACCUAACGAUUUCUUAGUUGCAAACUUUCCUCUACUUUCAAUCGAGUUUAAAAGUGACUAUAUUUUCUCAGGACGAGGUUUCCAUAUUUCAUGGUCAACUCAGAAAAAAAUUAACUCAUGCAAACCAAAUGAAAUUCAAUGUAGUCUUGGAAACUGUUUCCCUCUUUCAUCCUUAUGCGAUGGUAAAUUUGAUUGUUAUGAUGGAUCAGAUGAGUUAGAAUGUCCCAAUAAACCGACUGCCGAGUAUACCUGUGGAAAUACAAAGAUAAAUCCUGAUACAAGUGGAUACACUUUCAGAAUUCUUGGAGGUGAUCCAGUUAUUCCAGGAAGCUGGCCAUGGCAAGCAGAUUUGCAAUUUUCAAUUAUGUGGCCAUCAGGACAUUUUUGUGGCGGAGCUUUGAUUCAUCCACAAUACGUGUUGACUGCUGGUCAUUGCAUUGCUGCAUAUCCUAAACCUGAGUCGGUGAGAGUGGUCCUUGGGAAUCACAAUUCAUUCAAGAAGGAUAACUUUGAACAAAUUCGUUUGGUUGAUUCCAUAGUAACUUACAAUGCUACACCUCCAGAAUAUGAUUUUAUGAACGAUAUUUCACUGAUAAAAUUAAAAGUUCCAAUCAACAUAACAGAUGGAGUAAAUCCUGUUUGUUUAGCUGAUUCGUUAAAACCACUGAAGACUGGGACUAAAUGUUACGUUACCGGUUGGGGAGAUACUCAUGGAACUGGAAAUAGUGGAAUUCUUAAGCAACUUCCAGUCGAAAUAGUAGAUUUGAAAGAAUGUGCUGAUCCUGAUUCGGUCGAUUUAGAAGGAAAAGGUCAAGUUUGUGUGAGAGCUGGAGGAGGAGGCACAGGAGUUUGUAGUGGUGACUCUGGUGGGCCAUUGGUUUGUCUAGUUGAUAAUCAAUGGUAUCUUUACGGAAUAGCUAGCCAAGUUACAGGGGCAACACUACUUGGUCCGAUUUGUGGCGAAGGUAAAGGUAAUGCAGUAUACGCCACUGUUGCAAGUAAAUUAUCUUGGAUCAACGAUAGAAUUAAGGAACUCGAGCAAAUGCCUUGAUGCUUGAAGCACGAAUGUG